AGCAAGCUGUGAAAGUCAGCCGUCCAGGAGGAGGAAGGGACACUAACAUUGUUUAUGAAGUACAGCGUCUCAGUCCAACUACUCACCAACAGUCGAGCAAUGUUUUAGGAGCACAGUUUAGUUGCUCUUUAGAGCCGCUGGCCAGCUGAAGCUUGCGGCUAGCUCAUUAACGUUAGCUGGUGGUUGUUGGGGGGAAAAGAAGCGCAAGCAGAGGCAAGAAAAAUGGAGCUGGACGACGUAGUCCUGUAUCAGGACGACUCCGGCAACUCUGCCAUGAUGUCCGAGCGGGUCUCAGGUUUGGCCAGUUCCAUAUACCGAGAGUUCGAGCGUCUCAUCGAGAAAUACGACGAGGACGCAGUGAAAGACCUGAUGCCGCUGGUCGUCGCCGUGCUGGAGAACUUGGACUCGGUGUUCGCUGUCAACCAGGAGCACGAAGUGGAGCUGGAACUGCUGAAGGAGGACAACGAGCAGCUGAUCACCCAGUACGAGAGAGAGAAAGCGCUGAGGAAACACACUGAAGAGAGGUACAUCGUCUUUGAAGACUCCCAGGAGGGCGAGAAGAAAGAUCUCCAGGGUCGGCUGGUGAUGCUGGAGUCACACACACGUCAGCUGGAGCUAAAAACGAAAAACUAUGCAGAUCACAUCAGCAGAUUGGAGGAGAGAGAGGCUGAGCUCAAGAAGGAGUACACCACUCUUCAUCAGAGACACACCGAGAUGAUCCACAGCUACAUGGAGCACCUGGAGAGAACUAAACAUCAGCACGCACAGACAGCAGCAGCAGAGCCUGAUACAAGCACUGUGUCAUCAGGCAGAGUCAGGAAGGAGCGUCCCAUCUCCAUGGGAAUAUUCCAGCUUCCUGGGACUGAUGGCAUGACCCCCGACCUCCAGAGGGAACCUGCAGACACCCCGUCGGAACCCUGGAGAUUCAACAACCUCAGCCACCCGCGCUCCAACACCAGCCUCAAGGAUGAACUCUCCAAUUCCAACCACAGAGGCUCCAAGUCCGGCACCCCAUCCAACCAAGCAAGCGUCUCAAAAAGCGGAGCUGCAGCGUCUUUACAAGGCAGAUCCUCUAAAACAAACACCCCCACAUCAUCUGCAUACAGCGGCAGCUCUCAGUCCAGCAUGCCGCUCUCUCCUCACGACGGAGCGUCCGCCGGCUCAAGUCCCAGGUCCAGUCUCGGGGGCGGCUCCGCCUCCGCCUCUGCCACACCACUGUCUGCAGCCGCUUCAGACGUCACCAUGGAAUCCGCGGGCACGCCCCCGCAGGAAGAGAAAGGCUCAGACGGGCUCAACAAGAACCUGAACUGGAGCAGCGGGAAGCCAGACAGCAGUAAGAACAUCUCAGCAGUGCAGGAAGGCCAGCAGGGUCAGAGAGGACACGAGGGUCAGCGAGGACACGAGGGUCAGCGAGGACGCGAGGGUGAGCGAGGACGCGAGGGUGAGCUAGGACGCGAAGGUGAGCAAGGACGCGAUGGUCUGCAAGGACGCGAUGGUCUGCAAGGACGCGAUGGUCUGCAAGGACGUGAGGGUCUGCAAGGACACAUGGGUCUGCAAGGACGCGAGGGUCAGGACUCUGUCACCACUCCUGCUGAUGGUGAAGGGUCAGACGACCUGGAGAAGUCUGAGGUUCAGGCCAUCAUAGAGUCCACACCUGAACUGGACAUGGACCUCGACGGCUGCAAAGGAACAAGCACACCUAAUAAAGGCGGCAUAGAGAAUCUAGCAUUCGACCGUAACACCGAAUCUCUGUUUGAGGAGCUGUCGUCUGCAGGAAACGACCUCAUAGCAGACGUAGACGAUGGAGCAGACCUGCUGGGUAUGGGUCGUGAAGUUGAACAUCUCAUCCAAGAGAAUACACAGCUGCUGGAGACCAAAAAUGCUCUGAACGUGGUGAAGAAUGACCUGAUCGCACAGUUGGACGAGGUGUCCUGCGAGAAGGAGGUCCUGAGAGGAGAGCUGAACGCCGUCACUCAGGCCAAGACCAAACUGGAGGAGAAGAACAAAGAGUUAGAAGAGGAACUCAAGAAGAUUCGAGCAGAGCUUGACGACGGCAAACAGAAGGCGAAGAUUGAGAACGAGGACGAUCAAAGCGACGUCCCCACCGCUCAGAGGAAACGCUUCACCCGAGUGGAGAUGGCCAGAGUCCUGAUGGAGAGGAACCAGUAUAAAGAGAGGCUGAUGGAGCUGCAGGAGGCCGUCAGAUGGACAGAGAUGAUCCGGGCGUCAAAGGAGAACCCAGCUCUUCCAGAGAAGAAGAAAUCCAGCCUCUGGCAGUUUUUCAGCCGUUUGUUCAGCUCGUCGGGCGGGGCAGCCAAGAAGCCGGCGGUGGAGGCCCCCGUCAACGUCAAGUACAACGCGCCCACCUCUCAGAUCCAGCCGUCCGUCAAGAAGAGGAGCAGCGCCCUGCAGCAGCUGCCCAGCGACAAGAGCAAAGCCUUCGAUUUCCUCAAUGAGGAAGUCGCGGCUGAUAACGUUGUGUCCAGGCGAGAACAGAAGAGGGCUCAGUACCAGCAGGUCAAAGCUCACGUCCAGAAGGAGGACGGCAGAGUGCAGGCUUACGGCUGGAGUCUGCCCAAGAAGUACAAAGCUAACGGUGGUCAGUCAGACGGUAAGAUGAAGAAUCUACCUGUCCCCGUCUUCCUCAGACCGCUAGAUGAGAAAGAUGCUUCUAUGAAGCUGUGGUGUGCAGCUGGUGUGAACCUGUCCGGAGGUAAAACCAGAGACGGAGGUUCCAUCGUAGGAGCCAGCGUGUUUUACAGCGACGUGACGGGACCAGAGAGCCCCAAAAAGAGAAUCGGAUCUCAGAACAGCCUGGAUCAACUGGAUCAAGAACUCGAGGAGCAGCAGAAGGAGCUGAGGCAUCAGGAGGAGAUGUCAUCACUGGUGUGGAUCUGCACCAGCACACAGUCCACCACUAAAGCUGUGGUCAUAGAUGCAAACCAGCCUGGAAACAUCCUGGAGGGCUUCUUUGUCUGUAACUCCCACGUCCUCUGCAUGGCCAGUGUGCCAGGUGCCAGAGAGACAGACUACCCAGCUGGUGAAGAAGUGUUUCUGAACUCCGAGGCUGGACCCGUGGGAGAAUGCAGCUCGUCAGCCCCCAGCAGCAGCUCGACAGGCGGCGACGGCGUGCUGGGAGGCAUCACUGUGGUCGGCUGCACGGCCGAAGGAGUGGCAGCCAUUCCUCAGACGGCAGACAGUCCAGGAAACACGGACGGAGAAGCAGAAUCCAGAUCAGCAGAGGAGGCCACAGAGGCGACAGAGGCCAGCGCGGGGCUCGCCGACCGGAGAGAGAGCCUGAGGGGAGUCUACACCGAGCACGUCUUCACAGAUCCGCUGGGAGCUCAGCACACGGCCGAGACUCCGGCCGGAUACUCUCAGAGGGAGAGCGAUCUGGUGAAGGACGGCGUGAGUUCAAACCCUGACGCCGAGGAACAGGACCUGAUGAGAGAGGAGGCUCAGAAGAUGAGCAGUGUUCUGCCCACCAUGUGGCUGGGAGCACAGAACGGAUAUGUGUACGUCCACUCAUCAGUAGCUCAGUGGAAGAAGUGUCUCCAUUCUAUAAAGCUGAAGGACUCGGUGCUCGGUAUUGUUCACGUGAAAGGGCGAGUGCUGGUCGGCCUCUCUGACGGCACGUUAGCCAUUUUCCACCGAGGAGCAGAUGGACAGUGGGAUCUGACCAACUACCACCUGCUAGACUUGGGGAGACCUCACCACUCCAUCCGCUGCAUGACCGUAGUGCACGAUAAGGUGUGGUGCGGCUACAGGAACAAGAUCUACGUGGUGCAGCCCAAAGCCAUGAAGAUAGAGAAGUCAUUCGACGCCCACCCUCGUAAAGACAGCCAGGUGCGUCAGCUGGCCUGGGACGGUGACGGCAUCUGGGUGUCCAUCAGGCUGGAUUCCACUCUGAGGCUGUUCCACGCUCACACCUUCCAGCACCUCCAGGAUGUUGACAUCGAGCCCUACGUCAGCAAGAUGCUAGGUACGGGCAAACUGGGCUUCUCAUUCGUGCGCAUCACGGCUCUCAUGGUAUCGUGUAAUCGUCUGUGGAUCGGCACCGGCAACGGAGUCAUCAUCUCCAUCCCUCUGACAGAUUCAGCCAACAAGUUACCCAAAGCUGCAGGUAACCAACCAGGAAGUGUUGUCAGCGUCUACGGAGACGACAGCGGCGACAAAGUGACAGCGGGGACGUUUGUUCCGUACUGCUCCAUGGCUCACGCUCAGCUCUGUUUCCAUGGACACAGGGAUGCUGUCAAAUUCUUCACCGCUGUCCCAGGUCACUCAGUUCCAUCAUCGGCGGGUGCAGGAGACGCAGCAAGUGAGAAGUCAGCAGACGCCACAUCUCAGGAAGGAACCAAGUCCAUGCUGGUGAUGAGCGGAGGAGAAGGCUACAUCGACUUCAGGAUGGGCGACGAGGACGGCGAGGCGGAGGAGGGCGAGGAACCCUCCAUGAAGCUGCAGACCCCGCUGGCGAAAGCAGAGCGCAGCCACCUCAUCGUCUGGCAGAUCCUGGCCAACGAUGACUGAACUCUGACCUCCGAUCCCCUCCCACCUCGACCCCCACCCUAACGCCCCGAUCCGCCUUCCUUCUCAAACCCGUCGCCCUGCAAGAGGAAAUCAGGAGGAACGCUUCCCCUCAGCAGGCGCGAGUUUAAUCAGCACUUUCUGUUUAUUUUUUUUUCUAUCUUCCUCAAAGCUGAACAAUAAGAAUGAAACAAGCCGAAGCUGCUCCGUGCAGCACCAACACACAACUGCAUGUUCAAUGUUUUAUUACUUUUCUUUUUCCUAUUUUUUUUCUCGUUUUUCAUGUUUAUUUUAAGGAUUUUUUGAAUUCCAAUCAGUUAUAAUGCCUCGUGAUCUUCUUUUAAUAUUAUUUGACUACACAACCUUUUACUUUUUGUUUUGUUUUGUUUCAUUCACAUCUGAAUCCUGACAAUUGGAGGCUCCCUCCCAACAGUCCAGCCUCUGUCUGCUGAUGCUGGACUGACAGCAUAAAUCAAUCAUUUCAAAGACAAAUGAUUGGUUCAGUGCAAGCCAUAUCACCUGUGUGUGCUCCCCUGUCACCCCGAAAUAACAUAACAUUUGGGCAAUAAUGCGAAAAGGAGCCGAUCCAGAUCCGAAGAGGUUUGUGAUGACAGAUCCUGUUUCAUGUUUUUUUUUUUUUUUUCAUCCUUUGAAGAGAACUUGGCUUUUGAUUGUAUGCAAGACAAAUUGAAUUGAUGGCCAGCUGUCUCUUGGAUCAAGGUAAAUGCAAUACAGCUGAUUAACCUAUCAAGUGUGUGUAUGAGCACAGACUCAUGUGUUACAGUUACAUUCAAUUCAGAGCUGAGCAUUCACUUAAAACCCCUUACUACUGUGUUGAAGGUAUUUUCAGAAUCCUUGAAGACUCUUCUGACUAGCUGGAUGAAAAAAUAGUCCAAUCUUUAACCCAUUUAUCAAGUAGUUAGACAAAAAUGUUGCAUCAUCUUUUUGAAUUUGUACAAUCUGACCUAAAAUAGGAAGAAAUUAGUUAUAUUGUUUCUUUCCAAUAUUUAUUAUUUUUAUACAAAAACAACACAUUCAUAUUUGCUUCUUUAAGUGGCUACUUGGGCUAAGAAAUACAGUUCCAAUUUGAAAAACUUUUUUCUUUUCCUUUUUUUUUAUGCAAGUCACAAAAUAUUUAGUCAUUUAGAUGGUGAUAAAAGUCUUUGAGGAUUCUGUAAAGACCUUCAGAGCAGCAAAAUAUGACAGGUAAUUAUUUUUCAUAAACUGUGCUGCUCAGUGCUUUGACUGCAAUGUAAAAGUUAAUAUAUGAGAGGUACAAACUGAGGCUUUAAUAAAGGUAGAAGCUACCUUUUUAUACCUCAGUAACACUUCCAUUGACAAAGCCCUUAAUUAUGAAAGGAAAAUGUUCCCACCACUACAUCCUGUAAAUCCUUUAAAUUUGGUUGCAAUGCUGACACAUUCACAGACCCAUACAUCGAAUCCAAUAAUCGUCGUGUCUCAGCCUCCACCAGCUCCAGCUAGUAGACACAUCCCGAAAAAAAGUCUUGAUAUGAACAUUGAUAGCUGCCUUAUAGGAAUCACGGUUUGAAAGGUGAAAGGCUUUUCAAGUGUGACAAAGUAUUUAUAUAUUUUUCUUGACAGAAUGUUACGUUUGCUACCAAAGGUUAAAGAUUUAAAGACGGAUAGUUAGCCGCGUGCUGAAUCUGAAGUGAGCGUGUCUGAUUUUUCUUGAACGCAGCACCUUUUUCAGCAGCGCGUUUUGCUUCCGUGUAGAUAACAAGCUAGCUUUUUGUAACAGAGCUCCCGGGGUGUAGAUAAGAUAUAUUUUUUAGACUUUUGAUGCUGAAUAUUUUGCGGGUGUGAGAGAAGAGAAUGUGCCGAAGUUGUUUUAGUAUCAGAGAAUAAAAAGAAGCGGCCACGUUGACGGUUAAAUAACCCCCCCCCCGCCACCGCCUCGUCUCCAAUCCUUACCUUCACAUCGAGGUCCAAACUAUAACAUUCACGCCGUCGUCACGUUAUUCGACCUUCUCAGCAAUAUCCCCUCCUAAUUUGAAACAUCUUUAAGAAAAAAAAACCUUUUAAAAUCUAUUUUUAUGACCUUUUUUGUUUUUGUUUUUUAUGUCUUGUCUUUUAAGGCAUCUAGUACACACGAUAUGUAAUGUAUGGCCUCUUUGUACCAGUAGACUGCACUGGUAUGUGUGUGUUUUUGUUGUGCUCUUUGUAUAACAGUAUCAGACGAGGCCUGUCCUCAUCAGAGAGCUGUGUGUGUGUCUUCUCUCCAAGAGAGGAGAGAAAUGUUAUUAUUGCAGUUUAGCCAUUUCAGUAUUUAUUUCAAAUGAUUUGAGCCUUUGCAAUUCAGAAUGUAUCUUUGUACAUUGAAUAUGAAUAUAUAUGAUUAUAUAUAUGUAUGAAACAUGAAAACGGCUUGGGGGGUUUAUUGUUGCUGUUGCAAUGAUAUGAAUUUUAUUUUGUAGGGGGUGAUUUUACUCAGCUAUGCACUAUGGAGGGAGAGGGGAGCAAGCGAGGCCUGUUUUUUUUUUUUUGUUCUUUUUCAAAGUCGAGACACUGACACACAAUCAGUUUUCAUCUCCACUGUAGGGGGAGUGGGGGGAGGUAAAGGAGAGUGGAGGGGGGGUCAAAGUGAACUUCAUCCCACCACAGCACGAUACAGGAAACUUUCUCCGGAAGUCUCGCCCUCCUCCGCAGGUCUGUGUCAUCGAUCUCAUCUGCAUAAUGCUUGUCAUUAACUUGGUGGGGACUCCCUCUGCUCCAAGUCAGCAGUACACACACACACACACACAUUAUCUUGUACUCCUACAGCGUCUCUAGCCUUACUUAUUUUUAACAAUCAAUUAAAGCAGAUUUUGUGGGCAAAGUG